UGUCUCUGUGUGUUCUUCUCUUGACUGUGUUCUUGUGUUCCAGCAUCCUGAGUUACAACUCUCUACGCUGCAUCCCUCCUCUGGCCCUGGCUGGACUACGCUCUCUCAGACUACUAUCUCUUCAUGGUAACGACAUCUCUGAACUAAUGGAGGGGAUCUUCAGUGAUGUGGCCUCCCUGUCUCACCUGGCAAUCGGUGCCAACCCCCUGUACUGUGACUGUCAUCUGCGCUGGCUGUCUGACUGGGUGAAGAGUGGGUACAAGGAGCCUGGCAUCGCCCGCUGUGCCGGACCAAUGGGCAUGGAGGGAAAACUGCUGCUCACCACACCUGAGACCAAGUUUGAAUGUCUGGGUCCAGUGGAGAUGUCUGUCCAGGCUAAGUGUAGUCCGUGUGUGUCUGGGCCCUGUCAGAACCACGGUGUGUGUCAGUCUGACCCUGUAGAACUCUACACAUGUGUGUGUGCACCUGGCUUCACGGGUAAAUACUGUGAGACUCCAGUGGAUGUGUGUGCCAGUAACCCAUGCACAAAUGGAGGAACCUGCAUCAGUGACGAACAGACAAGGAGAUUCAGUUGUUCAUGCCUGGUGGGUUUCCAUGGAUCGUUCUGUGAGGUGGAUGUAGAUGACUGUGAGGACCACGGAUGUGAGAAUGGUGCAACCUGUGUGGAUGGAGUAGGCAACUACACCUGUUUCUGUCCUCCCUUCUACAUUGGGUUGUUGUGUGAGGAAGAGGAGGAUGUGUGCUCUCCUGGUAGAAACCCCUGUCAGCAACACUCUACCUGCAGCAGCACCACUACAGGCCCCAGAUGUGCGUGUUCCCCAGGCUUCGUGGGGGGUGACUGCAGUGUGAACUAUGAUGAGUGUGAGGAUCAGGACUGUCAGAAUGGAGCGGUGUGUGUGGACCAGGUGGAUGGAUACACCUGCACCUGCCCUCAGGGGUACAGUGGUGAGUUGUGUGAGGUGCCCCCUCCUCCUCCAUCUCCCUGUGAGCGGGCUCGCUGUCAGAACAGCGCCCCCUGUGCGGACAGAGGCGGUACUGCGCUGUGCCAGUGUCUGCCGGGGUUCGAGGGUGUGCGGUGUGAGAAGCUGGUCAGUGUGAACUUCGUGAAUAGAGAUUCUUACCUACAGCUGUCUGACCUGAAGAACUGGCCUCAGGCCAACAUCACACUGCAGGUGUCGACAGCGGAGGAUAACGGUAUCCUGCUGUAUAAUGGAGACAACAAGCCAAUGGCUGUGGAGCUCCAUGAGGGACAUGUUCGAGUCAGCUACGACCCUGGUAGUCAGCCUGGACACACUAUCUACAGUGCUGAGACGGUGAACGAUGGGCGUUUCCAUACAGUAGAGCUGGUGACCUUUGACAGGAUGGUGAACCUGUCUGUGGGACGGGGUGCGCCCACCACUCUGGACAGUCUGGGAGGGGUCCCACCUCUGUCUGGAGAGGCACCGCUAUACGUGGGGGUAAGACACACACGACCUCAGCUGAGAGCUAGGUAUGCCAGAGAAGAUGUCCUACUCCUCUCUGAGUCUCUUCCAGCCCUCAACUCCUCCAGUUUCCAUGGCUGCAUCAGGAAUCUGUACAUCAACCACGAGCUGCAGGACUUCACCCAGACCACUAUGAAGCCGGGGUGGUGCCAGGAUGCCAGCCCUGCAGGAAACUGUUCUGCCUCCAUGGAGUGUGCCAACCGGAUGGUGCCCAGGGACCCCUCUGCCACUGCCAGCCUGACUGGGGUGGGCUACACUGCGAUCAGCCAGUCGGAGGAGGCCUUGUUGGGGGAGAUGUUGCCCCGGCAACCGCGGCUAACCCAUGCCAGGGGAAUAAGUAAGGGUGUGUGUGUGGUUCAGGAUGUUCAGUCGUACAGGUGUGAGUGUGAGGAGGGCUGGCACGCCACCCUGUGUAAUCAACAGGGGGAGCUAACAGCACCAGCAGUACCAGCAGUACCAGCAGUGCCAGAAGGACCAGCCAAGCCGUGUUCAGUGCUGCUCUGCCAACAUGGCCACUGUCAGCUGACUGAGGGAGGAGCGACCUACUGUCUCUGUGACUCGGGAUACACCGGGGACACAUGCGACACAGUUGAAUCAGCGUGUCGCGGCGAGGCGGUGCGUGACUUCCACCGGGUGCCACGUGGCCACGCCAACUGCCAGACGACGCGGCCCUUCUCCUGGGUGGAGUGUCGGGGGCUGCCAGGGGCGGGGGCGUGCUGCGCCCCACUGAGGGUACGGCGCCGGCGCUACACCUUCGAGUGCGACGACGGAGGUUCCUUCACACAGGACGUGGAGAAAGCAGUGGAGUGCGGCUGCAAGGAGUGUGUGUAGAGUCGUUGAGGUACUACACACACGUGGGCAUCGCAGUCAGCUGAAGAGGAGUUACUGAACACACUGUGGGAAAGUAUAUAUAUAUAUAAAACAUGGACAUUGUCUGUGUGUUGUGGACAACAGUGUUUGUAAUAUAGGACAGUUCUUCCCUGGCAAGGACGGCCAACCAACACCAAACCAACCAACCUCACCUUCAUCUUCAUCUACCUAAAGAAAGUCAACUGUGGUCUCACAUUAGUAAUGUUAUAUUGAAAGGUCAUUCUUUGGAUUUCUACUGUGUUGUACACCACUUUAUCCAUGUGCUGAAAUCAUUGUAAAAUGGAGGAACCUGUGUGAUGCUUGGCAGCCAUGUUGGCAACAGGAAAACGUUGAGACACUUCUCUAGUUUCUUCCUGUUAAAUGAGAAACUGCUGCUCUUUUUUGCUAGUUUACCAUUUAAUCUGUGUAUCUUUUCACUGGGCUGCAAUGCCAGUUUGCCCUCUAGUGGCCAGUUUUAUGAUGAGGAUGUUUGAAGGUUCAGAUGGGGGAAGGGGGUGCAUUUGAGAGAGCAGCUGAGGCCCUUAGGCCUACUUUAAAGAAGUGGGGGCCUUUUGGCCUACUUUAAAGAGGUGGGGGCCCUUUGGCCUACUUUAAAGAGCCUUUUGGAGGCUAUGUGCCAGUUUGAUUUUAGCCAGAAUCUUCUUUAACAUUCGUCAUGGUAAUUGGUUAUAAUUGUAUCAUUGAGUAAAACCCGCCUCCUAUCUCUCUCUGGUCCAAUCAGUCUCCUUCUACCACGUCAGCAGUAUUAUGAAAUUCAACACAAAUGUAGCUUUGAUAAUAUUUUAUUUAUAUUGUUGUAAAACUAAAAACAGAAAGGUACAUAACAUUUGUUUAACAUUUACAUGUUUUGCUUAAUUGUUUUUCUUACAUAGUGUCAUGUAGCCUAAUGUAGCCCUUUGAUUAUGAUACAAAACAGAAAAUACUUAACAGAUUGUAAUAUAUAUCAUUGCAUUGCAUUUGGACACAGUAUUUUUAUAUGUUGAAAUGGAAAAAGGGGUGUUUGAAUCCUGGCAUGGGAGAGACUACACAGGCGUUGUAUUGGGUCUGUAGACUGAAGCAACAUCUUGCUGUUCUUCUCUCCUGCCUGAUCUAAAGCUGCCAAAACCAGUCAGCCAACCUAUUGCCAGUCUAAUACACAGUGUCGUCACGGCGACGUUAAAUGACUGUGAUGUCAUUGUUCUUAUUACAUGUUGUCUACCUACUUGGUGAAUAUAAUAUCAUCAGUGAUUUGCUUCAGAUUAUGUGUAGUGAUGUUUUAUUUAUUUCAAUAAAAGACAGGAUUUUCUCUCUUC